AUGUCUGAUAAAAUGGAAAUUUCCAAUAAACAUUAUUCUGUCGAAGAAGUCGAAACUCCAAAUAAUGAAAAUGAUUAUCCACCAAUCACUGUUUCUGCAACAGAUACAACUACCACGAAACUGAUGCCACCACCACCUGAAGAAAACACCGCCCCUUUUCCUAAUAAUUGUAAAAAAGAUUUAUCUAGAAAUCCAAAUAUUUUCCCAAACCAUUAUAAUCUGGUAUUAAUAAUUUCUUCAAGGAUUGAGGAAUUUAAUCGGAGAAAAUUACUGAGAAAAUUGUUAUUCAACAUAAAUGACAAUUUAAUACCCUGUAUGCAUCAAGAUAAUAACGAACAACCUUUUCAUAACAUCUAUUAUCAAUUCCUAGCAAAAAGUGAUAAAAAUAUUAAAGAUUAUAAGGCAAGAAAAUUUAUAGCAGAAAAAAUGGAAUAUAAUGAUUUGACAGAAAUUACUGAUAAUGGUGUUGAUGAUUGGCAGGCCUCAAUGUUAAAAUGGUCUCAAACUUUAAAUGAUGAAUUAUGUAUAUCAUAUGACUUCCUGGUGAUUCAAGAUUCCUUAACUUUACCAAAUUUAAUCAAACUUCAAAAGGUCUUAUAUUCGAAAACUUCUUUGAUAGGAAACAACAAUAUAAAAGAUAAACGAAAUUUAAUUUGGGGAUCGUUUAGAACAAAUUUAACUGACAAUAUGUUCACUGUUUUAGGUUCAAAUAUUAUUCCAAAGAUUUUGGAAGUUCCUUUAAUCACUAUUGUAGAAUGGCCAAAUUCAAUCGACAGUAUAUCAUCUGGUAUAGAUAAUGUGAUUGCAAUAGGUAAUAUUUAUCAGAAUUGGAUUAUGACAGAUUUAUUAUCAGGUUUAUCAAUAGAACAAAUAAUACCAUGUAAAUCGAGAAUGAAUUUAAAAAAAACCAGCACAACUUUAAAUCGUUACAAUAAUGUUGAUUUAAACAAAAGUUCUAGACCUUCAAUAGCUAUAAUAACAAGCAGCUAUUUAUAUUCAGACGAUUGUAUGAACGUUGCAGGUAUUUUAUCUGCUGAUAAUAAACGUGUUUAUGCUAAUAAACAUGGUUAUGCAUUUGUGGCUAGAUCUACGGAAUACUGGCAACAAACAUUCCGUGUGCGUCAAAAAGUAUGGGGAAAAAUUGAUUUCGUAGAAACUAUAUUACCAUAUUAUGAAUGGGUGGUUUGGUUGGAUAUGGAUGCAAUUUUUGUUAAUCGUAUAUUUUCCAUUGAACAAUUAUUUGAAAAGAUCAAAGAAAGAAUGAUUGGAGAAAAUGAUGAACGUGAUUUUAAUGAUAUAAAUUUCAUUGUGGCUAGACCGGCUGGAGACCACAUGAUAAAUGCUGGCGUAUUUUUAAUUAGAAAUACAGAUUGGAGUUUUAGAUUUUUAAGAGCCGUUCAAGGUAGAAUUGAUAGAGCCUUUUCAGGAUCGAUAGAACAAGCAGCCUUAAAAGAUACGAUAAAAGAACAUAAAUGGGGAAACCAGGUUUAUCGUAUCGAGAAAGAUGAUCAUGUUAUGAAUACUUUUCCUGAUCGUUAUUUACCAGGCGAUUUUAUUAUACAUUAUGCGCCCGUAGGUCAUUGUCCUGCUAAACAAGUUACGAAAGGAUUGAGAAAACUUAAAAAAAUUGAAACAAUUAAAGGUUAUAAUGCUGAUUUACCAUUUUAA